AUGGAAAUCCCCGCAAAACUCCCCUUCUCCAAACGGCGGCUCCGACCGCGUGUUGUCAUCUCCUACAUCUUCGACUAUGUGAUCAUUAUUGUCUGCGCUAUCGGCUUCGCGAUUCUCAACAAGGUCGAGCCCUUCCACCAACACUUCUCCCUCAACAACAUCUCCAUCCAAUAUCCUUAUGCCGUACAUGAACGCAUCCCCAUGGCUUAUGCCCUCUGCAUCUCCGCUGCUUUCCCACUCGUCCUCAUUAUUGUCUACACCUUGGUCAUCGAUGGCUUGUUUUCGCACCAUAAGCCACAGGACGUAUCGUCUGGGAAGCGGAAGUUGAGAGGUCCACAUCGCUUCAAGGACAGACUUUGGGAGCUCAAUUGCGGUGUCUUGGGUCUUUUACUGGCUCAGGGACUCGCUUUCGUCAUCACACAGGCGCUGAAGACGGCAUGUGGCAAGCCGAGACCCGAUCUCAUCGAUCGUUGUCAACCACGCGCUGGUAGCAAGGACCUUUUCCCAGGAUUGUCAAACUCAACAAUCUGUACAGGCGAUCCCGCAUUGUUAACAGAUGGGUUUCGAUCGUGGCCGUCCGGCCACAGUAGUUCCUCCUUUGCCGGUCUCGUUUACACGUCGCUCUGGUUAGGCGGAAAGCUGCACAUUAUGGACAAUCGCGGUGAGGCCUGGAAGGCCUUGCUCGUCAUGGUUCCUCUACUGGCAGCAAGUCUCGUGGCCGUAUCGCGCAUCAUGGACGCGCGCCACCACCCAUUCGACGUGAUCACGGGGUCGAUGCUUGGGGUUGUCUGCGGCUUUGUCGCAUAUCGCCAGUAUUUCCCACCGCUCAGCGAACCCUGGCGCAAGGGUCGUGCCUACCCAAUCCGAACCUGGGGGUCUGAUCCUGCAGGGCCAGAUGCCGCUCGACUUAUCGGUCCCAAGGGCGAUAGCUCGACUGCUCUCCGCAACCCCGAAGAAGAACGCAUGGACCCAGAUUUGCCCAGCUCGGAACAUCCCAGACCCGAUGCAUCUACCUAUCUUCAUGCCUCCAACCCAUAUGGAUCAAAUGUUUACAAUCGCCGCCCACAUGACCAUGACGCUGACGGUGGUGCUUGGUCGUCGAGCGAGGACGACGUUACCAAUGGGUAUGAGAUGCGACAAGGUCAUAAUAUGGGGCAGAAUCUCGGUGCCGGUCACCAUGCGCCUCAAUAUGACCCCAGUAAUGCGUAUGUGUCCCAAACACAGCCGCUGACGGCUAAUACGGGAAUCCAUGUUCCUGAUCCGAUGGCGGGUCCGGGGCGUCCGUUGACGGACACUCCCGGUCGGGCCAUGUGA